AAGUACGCUCUUACAUAACGACGACGACGCACACGACGUGUUCGAAAAUAACCUCAAAGCGAUACGGGUACAAUGUGGUGCAGCAUACCUGAAAGAUGAUUUUUUUUUCUUCCCCCUCGCAAAGGAUUGGAGUCUUCUCUGCUUUUUUUUUUCCUGCUCGAUUCCCAACCUUCAAGCCUUCCGGGUCGCCUGCUGUUCACUUCUGGGUCCUGCAGGAGAAGAACCCCACAGUAGACUGCACUCCUUUUUUUAACCCAUUUCAUGCCUUUUUAUUUGGACGCUUUUUGGACAGGCAAUGCUUUUUGCUCCAUAUUCGAUGUGUGUGCGUUUAGAGGGGGAGGCGGGUCCAUACACAUACCGAUGGUGUCGACAUCAGGAUCGGCGACAAACUUGAGCGACAACUUCGAUGUUGUUCAGUGCGCUUCUGUGUUAAUAUAUAAUAGAUAAUAUUUAAAAAAAUAUAUAUAAAAAAUAAUAUUUAUGAUAGAUCCUUUUUUAAAAUAUAUUUUCAAGCAUAUUCAAUGAUUUGGCGUUUCAAUUUGCUGAUUAUUAUUAUAAUCACAAUAAAACAGGACAAAUAUUUUACAAAAAUUAUUUAAAAAAUGACACAGCAAAAUAAAGAAAGUAAACAAAAGCAAAUUAUUAGUUUUUUUGUCUAAAAGCCCAUCUUGUGUUCUGAAAUCAUCCCAAAUAACAGGAAAUAACAAUAUAAACAACACAAUAUUAAAAAACCCUUCCCAUCACUUCCAUAUUGAGCCGAUACCGAUACUACCUCUUAUCAAUAACAUCGAUGCCUUUGUAAAGCCUGUUUUAUUUAUCCACCAUUAAUAAAUUAAAGGUAAAAUCAAAAAAUCAAUUAAUUAUCUUAAAUCUUAGUCAAAUAAAAGCAUCGACAUCACUAUCAGUAAUAACGCCCCUGUAUUUACUUGGUAUCGAAUAGAUAGCAACAUUUUCAGCAUCGUUUACCUUUAGUGUCUGUGUGUAUAGGGCGGUACUUACCACAAGAUGGCGCUGCUGCUGCGUCCACGUGAAUAUUCUCAUUAUAGGCACGAUUAGGACUGUGUAAAAUCAGAUUUCUAAACAAAGUGGAGUGAUAUUCAACCACUGUGAAUACACACUUGUGUGCCGUGAGGAAUUAUCCAAUAUCACUUUUUUUAAUUAACAUUUAUUAAUUAUUUUCUGCAAAUAUUAUGUCUUUGACGAGUGGUGUAAGGACAAUGUAAGCAAUGUAAUAUUGGUCCGUGUGGCAACACGUAGCUGAUUGCCUCGUUCCUCCUAUAGACUCAGUGAUGCACGUGAGAGGUCGAGGUGAAAAACAUUGUUCUAGGGGAUUUAUUUGUUUUUUAGUAGCCAUUAUGACACAAAUACAAAUAGAUAAAGGUUUUAUUAGGAUUUUUACAAUUGGGUACAUGUGUAGGGGCAUGUUGCUGUUUGCCCCAUAAUACACUCUCCUGAUCAAACAUUUUUCCGUAGUGAUUCAAAAUGAAAAAUGAAGGAAGGGGAGUGGCACAAAAAAAGAAAUGUAUUGUAAGCUAGCAUUAAAAUAGCAUCAGCUUAUCAAACGUUUAAGACAAUAGUCUUUAUCUUGGCAAAAAUGUGGAUUCAACGUAAUUGUCUGUCAAGAUCUUUUAAUGGCUAACUGUUGUUGAGCUGCAUAGGCAAGGCCUGUCACAGUGCGCUAUGGCUACCGAGGUUGGACGCAGUAAAGCAACUGUCACAACCGGUCGUACGGGCUCCUACGACUGGUCUCCAUGCUUAAAAUCGCACACAGGGCACGUGUGUGAUGAGCUAUCGACUGAGGUGCUUAUGUUUUUUUCAGGUUGCUAGACCAAUUUACCAAUUUUCCUCUGUUUGCUACGUCUCUAUUGUAAUAUAUAUGUACACAUAUAUUUAGAUUUGAUUCCUGUUGCAAUGCCUAUUGUUAUUUAUGUGACUUAUUUACAAGCUACAUGCUGGCAAAGUCUUUUAAUAAGCGUCAUUAAGGGGAAACAAAUGGGGAGGAAUCGAACGGCCAAAAACUUGUAUGUCCGGUUGUAGGCUUAAGACAGAAACUUCUUGAAAGAUCCUCACAGAUACGGAACAAAAAUUUCACAUGGUAGACACAAAAAAAAUGUGACAUGCGCUGAGCCCGGAGGAUCUGAUUGGCCGUCUGUCAAGACACGGGACGAUCCUCGGCCCAAAUGAAGGUUGUUACUGGUGCCGCGAAGUAUUGGAUGACAUUUUUAGCUGCUAGUUAGGAGUCGCCCGACUGGUUCUCUCCUCGCCUGUUCAAACAGCGCUGCGCCCUCUAAGCUCCGCCUCCACGCCCCGCCUCCACAUGGUGCCAGGUGCAGCAACAAGAAGUGGAAGGACGCAGAAAGGAGGAGGAAGAGGGGGAGGUGGGUCAUUAGCAGGAGCUCACAAGGGUGGCGGGGGGGAGGGUUGAAGAGUGCUUGAAGGUGUUGCGGAGAUCUAACAAGUGACAUGCGUCUCUGAAGGUUCCCAAUGGCAACAGCCAUGGACGGCAUGUUGGACAGCAUGUCCGUGCUGUGUGUCUUCAAACUGGUGUGCAGUCUCCUCUUCCUGCCCUCAUUGGCCAACUCCCGCAGUCCCAUUGGCUUCUGCGGUUGCUGCAUCCUCUUCUUCACUGACUUUCUGGUCACAGUUUAUGUGAGCUUCCUGAGUCUCUUCGAGUCAUGGCUGACGGAGCUGAGGCUGCCGCUUGACAUCAUCGCUCUGCGCUUCCUGCUCUUUCUCAGUCACACCUACGGUGCCGUCUUGCUACUGACCAUGCCCCUCAUCGCCGUGGAGACUCUGACCAGACUCCUGUGGCCUGAGUCGUCUGCAUCGUGCAAACACCGUAGUGAGGUAGCAUCAAGAGAGGAAGAAAGCGAGGAUGAGGUUGAGGAGAAUGAAGGCUGGCAGUCCCAAGCGAUAAGCUACGUCUGCUGCUUGGCUGUGUGGGUGCUGGUGGCCCUCAGCGUGCAGUGCCGAUGGCGGAAGGAGGAGGUGAGGCUAGUGGCUUGUUUGCGUGGAAGCGGCUCCUUGAUGAGAUGUUUGCCAAAUCUGCUGAGUCCCGUACCCAGUAAAAUGCACCUCUGCUGGGGUAUGGCGUUCCUAUACCUGCUCUUGCUCCUCCUCCUCACUUCAAGCCUGCAUAGGUGGAAACGUGCCACCACGCACUCCCAUGACAACUCCAAACUUUUGGAGUCUCACCAAGACGACUUUCCAGUCGUCCUCGCCUGCGAUUGCCUGUCUGACGGGAGACAGAAAAGGGCGCCUCUUAUAUUCAUCACGGAGGAGUCAUACGAGAAGCGCCGCUCGGGUGCUCCCCACCCGGAGGUGAACUUGACGAUAGCCUGGUUGGCUGUGCUCGCCAUGUUUGUGCUGCCUCUCUACCUCAGCGUCAACAUCCUCCUGCUCAGAAGCGUGGAGGCCCUGCUGGACGCGUGCUUGCACUUUUUGUUGUUCUCAACGCCACUGGCUUCUAAAAGCCACACGACGUAUGAAGUAUGAAGAAGCGGAGCUGGAUGGUGACUGGAGGAGGAGGAGGAGGAGGAAGGAGGGGAUGAUUAUUAAGGGAUUAAUAUGAGUGCAAGCAGACAGCCGGUCUGCCUGUCAACAUUGGUUUGCAUUGUGCAAAUGACUGCCAUUCGCGUGUGCAAAAGCUGCUGAGGAGGCAGGCUGUAGCAUGUUGGCUAAAGACGCUCUCAAGCUCAUUAUUUCUCAUUACUCCACAUGAGAUAAUAUCAUGAUGCUGCUUUUCCACUCUUGAUACACUUUCAUUAGAUAAUAAUAUAAUACAAAAGUAUUUCUCUAGAAACAGAAACACAAAACACAAUAUUGAUUGAUUGGACAAACCUAAUGUGAACACAGGUGUGCACACUAAAAGGUUCAAGUCAAAAUUAGGAGUAAAAUGCAAAAAAAAAAUAUUUAUUUCACAUUAACUGGAGAUACUGGUUGAUACUGGUUGAUACUGGUUCAACAAGAGAGCAGGCCCAGCAUGGUUUGACUAUGGGAAAAAUUAGAAUAACAGAACUUAUGCAAAUGUCCAUCAUGUUUAUACAAUAGAAACAGGGAGGGUUUUUUUCUAUGGGAUUAACACUGCAGAUAGUGAUUGGUUGAAUUACCCAAGAGGGCGGGGCCAAAGUCGUUUGACACAGGUGAGCAAACAAAGACAAAAAUUGGAGUAAAAGGAAAAGAGAACAGAAAACUAUUAACAGUAGAGAUGCUCAUUGGUGCCCUGUGAUUGGCUGGUGACAAGUCCAGGGUGUACCCCGCCUCUCGCCCGAAGACAGCUGGGAUAGGCUCCAGCAACGCCCCGCAACCCUCGUGAGGAAAAGCGGUAGAAAAUGAAUGAAUGAAUGCUCAUUGGUUGGCCUAAACAGGAGGGCGGGGCCAAGUGAUGGAACAAGGGCUUGGGGUAAAAGUCACAACUGUGAGUUAAUAAGUGACCAAAAGUGGGGUUCCUGAUUGGUCAAACUAUGCAACGGGGCGGGGCCAAUGGUUCAUAUGUGUACAGUAUGUCAAUUUUGUAUUGAAGGAAUUUUUCAGGGGGGACUUUUUUUUUUUUUUUAACUAGUAUUAACACUGGCGAUUACGGUUUGUUCAAUUAAACAAGUGGGCGUGGCUGUCAUCACAGAUGUGAAAAAAAUGAAAGGUAAAAUAAUUUUUUUCAAAAAACAACAAUCUACAACUUAAUCGGAUUAAAAAAAAUUGUAAAUUGUAUUGAAACUAUUGAAAUAAAGUUUUGUUUUGUCAUUUAAAAUAA